CGAGGAUGUCCGUUAAUCGCGUUGAAAUGACAUUGUUCCUGUAUUUUUCUGUGAUUCGUGCGCUCGUCGCGUAACAUAUUCCAGCCUAGCACUCACGACCUCAGCUCCCUCGUACCUCUCGCACGGCCCUCAGAUUCCUCCGACGGGCGAACUCAGCAGUAUAAAAACCGGCUCAACCACCGCAGAACACCAGACUCAGUCUACACCUGCUUUCACACUCGACCUCAGCUUUACAGCAAACUUCUCCAUCUCAUCCACCAUGUUCGACAAGGCUGGCAUUUACACCAUCGUCAACCGCAAGGCGAAGGCGCUGAUCAGCUCGUACGGCGAGCACGUAAAAUUGUCCCCUGCGUUGGGGCCCAAGGAAAACCUCUGCCAGCUCUGGUUCGUGAAGCCCUCUGAGGGCGGUUCCUUCGUCAUCACGAACCUGGCGACGGGCAAGUCGCUUGACCUUCUGGGAGCCUCUCCUGAGGAUUGGACGCUCGUCGUUGGGCGAACCAGCCCCGAGGGUGGUGCCGCCCAUCAGCGCUGGAUCAUCAAGCCCGCCCCGGACGCGAAGUACGACAAAAUUCAGAAUGUGGUGACAGACACUUUCAUGAGCCAGGGCCCCGAGAACGACGAAAACAGGGUCUUUGGCAAGAAGGGAGACUGGGUCGACGACAAUGAUAUCCCCCACCAGUGGCGCUUCAACAAGUACAGCAUCCGCGGCGCGCAGGUCGGGAAGGUUCUUGAGGCGAACAAGAAGCUGGAGGGCAAGGUCACCAUCGAGCACCCGACACGCAUUUACUUUGUCCUCGACGGCGCCGUCCUCAAGAGCUUAUGGCAGAAGGGUCGCAUCGCCGACUUCCAUCAGCGCAAGGCGCUCUUCGAGCAUGACGAGUUCGAGAUCGUGUACAAGGCCUACGUCGCCCAGUGGGCGUAUAAGAGCAUCAAUGUCGACGGCUUCGGCAUCCUCGCUGGCUCGGCGAUCUGUACCGACGAGGAAGGUGUGAAGCGUACCGUCCUCAUCUCUCUGACGGGCGAAGCUCUGGACACCAUCAUCUUCUUCGAUCCACAGACCAGCGAGAUCACCAAGGAUGUGCUGGAGAACAUCAUCUCGGUCAUCGUUUGAAGAGCCUGGCCGGUGCCGAAGAGGUGGACGCAAGUGUGGCGAGGUUGAUCAAGGGAUGGGAGCGAUUUCAGUUGUAUGUGGUACGACGUAAUUUUGUGCAGUAAUCUCGCGUAGUAAGGUAGCAAUACUACGAGCGAUAUCACAGGACUGCAAAACAAUGGCUAAAUCAUCA